CAGCUGACAAAGUGACAGACAUUUUAGUUUUUGAUUGGAGUGAGCGUAUAUCGCUCGCUCUUGUGCUAUUUCGUGAUAUUUCACUACUAAACCCAUAUUUGGACGGCAUUUGCUUGUCCGGACUUGCAGUAAACAGUGUAAUAAUGUAUUUAAAGAGAAAAAGACACGAUUAUCGGAGUGUAAUAUUAUAGCGUAGGUGUUUUUUUAUUGGAGUUGGACGGAAUCUGUUUGCGCGACUAAAAUAAGAUGCACAGCUGCGAGACGCUGCCAACGGCGCCGGCGACAGGCCCCAACCUCCUGUUGGAGUUGGGCCGCCUCAUCAUCAGGGCGCGGAGCACCAGCCCCGUGUCCCGAGCGCCAGUCCCCACGCGAGACCGGCUGCUACAGGCCAAGCUUCUCGCCGCUAAACCUUCCACCAGCCAACAAGUCCAGAGCCAGCCGAAGCCAGAAACUGAGGAGCCGCGGCCAGCUGUUGAAGCCAAGCUCAGCAACCACGUGCAGGCGCUCUGGACCGAUCAGAUACCCAUAUGUAUUGAGGUGCUUCUGGCGCCCGAUUGUCCUGACUGUUUCUCGACGUUGAACCGCGCGGAGUCUAACUAUGACAAGCACACGCAGCGCGCCCUGCUUCUAGAACGCUGGACGAUCAGCGCGCUGCUGCAUAAAAAUCAUGAGACACCAGGGUUCAUAACGUCGCAGUGGCUGUUAAACGCCAUCAGGUCGCAGCUCCACUUCUCGCAGUUGUCUGCAUGGCUGGCCACCCUCAAAUCCAAAGGUGAUGAGGCGGAUAAUCCCACCGAACGCAGACGCAAACUGAGCCGUGGUACAUGCAACAUCAAAAAACUCGAAUCCAACUGCGACGAACCAAUCAACGAUGAACGCAAACUGCAUAUCGUCUACUCCAUAAAGAUACCUGGCGAGAAUCACAUGUCUGAAUUCACUAGACCACCCACCGAUCACAAUUUCCCCAUCACGGAUAUUGGCGAGAGCAUAUACCUCAAGGUUGUCCUUGAAAGUCUCCCGCGCGUCGACGAAAUCCCCGUGGUCAAAUGUAAUUGUCGCAGAGCUGGUAAAGACCCAACUAAUAUCCAAGAGGAAUUGGUUGGUAUACUCAAUGAUCUCACUUUAGGGCCUAGGUCUACAAAAUACAAGUCCGAUUUCAACGAAUCAGAUAAAGGCAAGAAAAUACUGGACGACAGAAUGCAUACACCGUGCAGCGAGAAUGGCAAACACAAAUGCAACUGUGACGACGAAUCGGACAGCAAUCACAGAUCUUCCACUAGAUUAAGUCAGGAGCCGAAGAAGUUGGACGAGAGGAGAUUGAAAGAGAUAGCGAAAUACAAAAGGCGGUUGCGGAAAGAGAGCAAAAUGAAGAAGUUAUGCGACAGUACAUCGUCGGAAGGAGACAAUUUGAAGGCUAAAGAAACGCAUACGUCCAUUCCGAUACUGCAAGCGGCAAGGUUUGACCGGUUUAGAGCUAUUGGCUGUUAUAGAAACCAAACUUAUUUGACGCUGCCGGCCAGUAGGAUAGAGUCCAAAUCACCUUUUGUCGAAACCGUUAGCAUUCCACCGACAGAGUUUAAGAAGACAAAUACGGUGUCUACACAAACGGACGAUAUAUCUUGCCAGUGUGGUACACCGUUGCUAAUGAAAUGCGAUGGAUGCUCUGACAGAAGAAUGGUCAGAUCAGAAGCGAAUUACAAUCUGGCUCUGUUGGAUCAAUCAGAGGUGCUAUUGGACGCGAUAAACAAAUGCCAAGAACAGAACGGAGCGAGAAGGAAAUGCGAAGAAGAUGACAAAGCGUUGAAAAAGCAUAAAUGUGAUAAUUCUAGUAGUAAUAUAAUGUGUGAUAUAUAUAAUAAUAGUUUAGAAUUAGAGAGUGAGUCUAUUAUAAAGAGACCUAAAUUGAGACGAUUUUAUCCUGUUGUGGAUCGAAUAGAGAAGAUCGUGUCCGACAGAAGCUCGAGGGAGACGGAGAAGGAUAUGGAGGAGUUGCAUCUGAGGAAUGAUGAUACAGUGUUCUCGGUGAAACCAGAGACAAAAAGACAGAAGACCUUCUCUAUAAGUGAAGAUUAUGUUCUGUACGAGAAAUGUGACUAUGGUACAAUUGAUAAGUGCGAUAUGGAAUCGCCAUCCGACGAGGUUGGGUUUCAGUUCCCGGAGCCAAAAAAAGGACAGGAUACAGUGCCGUCCCCGACGGAUAUGGAUAGGUUUAGGUGGCGGUUCGAUUCGGCUGCGUCGAUGGUGUUCCACACGAAGACUGGGCUCCCAUUGACGUCCAGUCCAGCCCCUUUGAGGAGGGGGAACAAUUGCUUCGAUUUUGAUGACUCCAUUAAUGGAAUUUCUGGUAUAAAAAGCGCCCUGUUCCACCCGAUCUCACCCAUGUCGCCGGCACCACCAGCUUCCCCGUCGUCCCCGCUGCCAACCCCCGUCCCCGUCGUCGAGCACACCCCCACCCCCAUCGUCCCCGCCACUGCCCCCACCCCACCCCCCGCACAAACUGUCAGCCCCGGCACACCACCGCCAAAGACGAAGAAAGCUCAAACAUCGAAAUUGAAGAUUGGUCCCAGCGGUGGACUUCUGGGCAGCUUCGAGGAGUGCGCGCUGCAGGGCCGCCUGGAGCCGGUGGCCACGGUGGCCGGCUUCAGCGCCGAGCUGGCCGCCUCGGGCGCCUUCUGCCCGCCGCACCGCCGGCUGCCCGUCACCGUCUUUUUCUACGCGCCCGGUGGCACCAACGCGCCGUACAUGGGUCACAUAAACCUGGGUCCGUCCGGGUACCGCGUGGCCCGCUCCGGGACGAUCCAAGUGUCGCUGUUCAACCCGCACGGCACACUGGUCAAGAUGUUCGUGGUGCUGUACGAGCUGACCAACAUGCCUCCCCUGGCGAGGACGUUCCUCCGCCAGCGCACCCUGUACAUGCCGGCCGGGGCCGACCCCGCGGCGGUGCCCGACCCCCACAACUUGCAUAAGUGGCUGCGGUAUCUUAUACACUUACGAUUUAUGACUUCGAAAUCCGGUAAACUGUACCUUCACACGGAUAUACGUAUAUUAGUAUCUAGGAAGGCAGAUUUAGACACAGCUACAGCACAUUCCGCAAUAUUCCGCCCCAUUCCAACCAGUCAGAAGAAAGGGAACGAGAAUCCGACCAAUCACAGCGCAGCGACGGACCAAACCGCCGAAUUGAACAAACGUAACUCGGCGUCGGCCAAUCAGAAUGGAACAGAUUUGAAAUUGACCAAUAAUAACGACGGUAGAUCUGCCAAUCACACGCCGAACAGAGUUUUUGGCGGUUGCGGUGACUUUGAAAGGAGCGAAAUGAAGGAGAUAGGUUAUGAGAAUCAAAAUGGCGUAUCGUACGAGUUGAGGAGUUUCACAUAUGCACCAGACAAUCCUAAAUAUUCGCCGAGGUAGUCAUAGAUCGAUUUAUGUUAGUGCCUACCUUGUAAUAUUAUUUGUGUUAAAUAUAUGUAUGUACUAAUGAGAAAUAUAUUUUUGGUUUUUUAUAAUA